UGAACAUUUGUCAUGUGCCUUCACAUUCUUCCUUCACGGGGAAAGCAAUGUGUGCACAAGUGUGGAGAUUGCUCAGCACCAGCCAAUCUACCUGAUCAACGAAGAGCAUAUCCAUAUGGCCCAGUCCUCCCCCUCGCCCUUCCAAGUUUUGGUGAGUCCUUAUGGUUUAAAUGGUACCCUCACGGGCCAGUCAUACAAGAUGUCAGACCCAGCAACUCGUAAAUUGAUGGAGGAAUGGCAGUAUUUUUACCCUAUGGUGCUGAAGAAAAAAGAAGGGAUGAAAGAGGAGGAAGAGUUGGGAUAUGACAACGAUUUCCCUGUGGCAGUUGAAGUCAUUGUUGGUGGUGUAAGGAUGGUGUAUCCUUCAGCCUUUGUUCUCAUCUCCCAGAGUGACAUCCCCAUGUCACACAACACUGCCAAUACUGGAGGCCAUAUAAAUGUGGGACAGCAGGGGCUUGGAAGCGUGAAAGAUCCUGCUAGUACCUGUGGGAUGCCGCUCACGCCACCUACUUCUCCAGAGCAGGCUGUUAUGGGAGAAAGUGGAUGCUCUCAGAGCAGUAUCAGCCAUUCAGCUGUGCAGGAGGGGACGGUCAGUGUACACAGUCCGAAGAAAUCAGGCAAGAUUACUCCAAAAUUUCACAAUCAUAUGGUUCACCGUGUCUGGAAGGAAUGCAUUCUCAACAGGUCACAGUCCAAGAGGAAUCAAAUGACAACUGCAAAUUUGGAAGAGGAAGUUCCUAACAAUCCUGUUUCUUGGGAUUUUGUGGAUCCAGUCCAAAGAGUCAGUUGUUCUUGUUCCAGGCACAAGGUUUUCAAACAGCGGUGUGCUGCUGGCUCCAGCCGUCCCCCAACGAUAAAUCAGCCAGGAUUCAGUGUGGGAACAUCAUCAUCUUCAUCAUUGCCACCUCCCGCCUCUUCAAAGCACAAAACAACAGAGAGACAGGAAAAAGGAGAUAAACUGCAGAAGAGGCCUAUGAUGCCAUUUCACCAUCGGCCCUCUGUGACUGAAGAGCUAUGCAUGGAGCAGGACACAUCAGGGCAGAAACUGGGAUUAGCUGGAAUGGAGCCCUCUUUAGAAGUCCCUAAUUCCAGAAAAUACGAGAAGCCGCUCUCUAUAUCUGCUAGAAAUCCGGGCAAGCAAAUGAAUAUGAAUCCUAUGGAUUCACCCCAUUCCCCAACGUCCCCUCUGCCUCCCACACUUAGUCCCCAGCCAAGAGGUCAGGAGGCAGAGAACCUGGAUCCACCUUCCGUACCUGUAAACCCAGCACUCUAUGGCAGUGGGCUGGAGCUGCAGCCGUUGCCCAGCUUAGAUGACAGGACAGUCCUUGUUGGACAGAGGUUGCCUCUGAUGGCAGAGGUCAGUGAGACAGCAUUAUACUGUGGGAUCAUUCAGAACAAUGAGUCAGUAGAUAUGUGGAGAACCUACAGUCUCCCAGCGAGUGACGAUCCAGAGUUCAGGCCACCAGAUCUUCCAUGUGAGAGAUACGAUGCCAAGAUGGAAAUAAACUCGGACAGCACUGCGCUGAAAAGGCUCUUAGGACAACCUAAUAAACGGUUUAAAAUUUUGGAAGAGCAGAAACCAGUGCAGACACUGAACUAUCUUGACCCCUUGCCUCUAAUACAACCACCUGGAGAAGGCCUGGGGGAUGCUAGUGAUCCUUACACUUUUGAAGAUGGUGAUAUAAAGUACAGCUUCACUGGCAGUAAAAAAUGCAAACUUGGGGCUGAGAAAGAUCCUUUGAAGAAGAUCAAGUCAGAAGAUGGAAUUGGUACCAAGGAAAUCUCCACACCGGGUCAUUCCACACCAGUUCCUGAUGGAAAAGAUGCCAUGUCUAUUUUCAGUUCUGCUCCUAAGACUGAUACCCGGCAAGACAACGCUGCAGGUCGAGUAGGCUCUGGUAGCCUCACACAGGUGACGGAUCUGGCUCCAUCACUUCAUGAUCUAGAUAAUAUCUUUGAUAAUUCAGAUGAAGAUGAGCUUGGUGCUGUAUCACCAGCUCUUCGGUCAUCAAAAAUGCCCGCAGCAGGGUCUGAGGAACGCCCCGUGGGGAAGGAUGGUAGAACAGCAGUGCCGUACCCACCAACUGUGGCAGAUCUCCAAAGGAUGUUCCCAACACCACCUUCUUUAGAACAACACCCUGCCUUCUCCCCAGUAAUGAGUUACAAAGAUGGAAUAAGUUCAGAGACUGUGACUACCUUGGGAAUGAUGGAAAGUCCCAUGGUCAACAUGGUUCCAACACAGCUUGCUGAGUUUAAAAUGGAGGUGGAAGAUGGAUUAGGUAGCCCUAAACCUGAAGAAAUUAAGGAUUUUUCGUACGUGCACAAAGUUCCAUCAUUUCAACCUUUUGUGGGCUCCUCCCUUUUUGCUCCACUGAAGAUACUGCCAAGCCAGUGCCUCCUACCUCUGAAGAUACCAGAUGCCUGCAUUUUCAGGCCUUCUUGGGCUGUUCCUCCUAAAAUUGAACAACUUCCUUUGCCGCCUGCAGCCACUUUCAUUAGAGAUGGCUACAAUGUUGGGAGUUUGGCCGACCAAGACUAUCUUCAGAUGAACACUCCUCAGAUGAAUACACCAGUGACGCUAAAUAGUGCUGCUCCGGCCAGCAACAGUGGAGCAGGAGUUCUGCCGUCACCAGCGACUCCCCGCUUCUCUGUUCCUACCCCACGCACUCCCAGGACCCCAAGGACUCCUAGAGGUGGGGGUACUGCGAGCGGUCAAGGAUCUGUAAAAUACGACAGCACAGAUCAAGGUUCACCUGCUUCUACCCCUUCUACGACACGGCCGCUGAAUUCUGUGGAGCCAGCCACUGUUCAGCCCAUCCCAGAAGCCCACAGCCUGUACGUCACCUUGAUUCUCUCAGACUCUGUGUUGAACAUCUUCAAAGACCGUAACUUUGACAGCUGUUGUAUAUGCGCCUGUAACAUGAAUAUUAAAGGGGCAGAUGUCGGGUUAUACAUCCCAGACUCAUCUAACGAGGAUCAGUACCGCUGCACCUGUGGCUUUAGCGCGAUUAUGAACCGCAAAUUAGGUUACAACUCUGGGCUCUUCAUUGAGGAUGAGCUCGAUAUUUUCGGCAAGACCUCAGACAUUGGCCAAGCUGCAGAAAGACGGCUGAUGAUAUGUCAAAGCAACUUGAUCUCUCAGAUGGGAGAGGGAGCUAGAAGGACCCAGGAGCCUCCCAUGAGCCUCCUCCUUCUCCUCCAGAAUCAGCACACACAGCCUUUCACAUCUCUGAGCUGCUUGGAUUAUAUGUCCUCCAAUAAUCGGCAGACGCUGCCGUGUAUGAACUGGAGUUACGACAGACUGCAGGCAGACAGCAACGACUCCUGGAUAGAAUGCUUCAAUGCCCUGGAGCAAGGCAGGCAGUACGUGGACAACCCCACUGGUGGGAAAGUGGAUGAAGCCCUCGUAAGAAGUGCCACUGUCCAUUCUUGGCCUCACAGCAAUGUGCUGGACAUCAGCAUGCUCUCCUCCCAGGAUGUGGUGCGCAUGCUGCUGUCGCUCCAGCCCUUUCUCCAGGACGCUAUCCAGAAGAAACGAACGGGAAGGACCUGGGAGAACAUCCAGCACGUGCAGGGACCACUCACCUGGCAGCAGUUCCAUAAGAUGGCAGGACGGGGAACCUAUGAAAAGGACUUCCUGACAAUCUCUCCGUUCUCUUUGCCGUUCUGGGAGAGGCUGUUGCUUGACCCAUACGGGGGCCAUCGGGAUGUCGCCUAUAUUGUCGUGUGUCCAGAAAAUGAGGCCUUGCUCGAUGGAGCCAAAACUUUCUUCAGGGACUUGAGUGCUGUAUACGAGAUGUGUAGACUUGGCCAGCACAAACCAAUCUGCAAAGUGUUACGCGAUGGGAUUAUGCGGGUGGGAAAGACUGUGGCACAGAAGCUGACGGACGAGCUGGUGAGCGAAUGGUUUAACCAGCCUUGGGGCACUGAGGAGUGUGACAAUCAUUCCAGACUCAAACUUUACGCGCAAGUUUGCCGGCAUCACCUAGCACCUUACUUGGCCACCCUGCAGCUUGACAGCAGCCUGUUGCUCCCACCGAAGUACCAAACCCCAGCGCCAGCAGGCCAGACACCAACAGCAACUGGGAAUACUGGACCCGUGCCCUCAAAUCCCACCUGUCUUUCGGCUGCUGGGGCACCACCAACAGGCAGUUCCUUUAACUCCACGCCCAGCGGUGGGACCACCAGCCUUCCCACGGGAAGUAGUUCAUCCUCUGGAUCCUCUGUGCCACAACUGUCAGCAUCUUCUGCAACACCCAGCGUUAACCAGAUGGCCACUACCUCCACUCCAGGGUUUAGUGGGAGCAUUGGUUCAGGGCAGAACACCAACACUGGGGGAAACACAGACCGCUCGCAAGGAAGCACAGGUCCCGGAGGAGAGACAGAGUCAGGUCAAAACUUACCACAGCAGCAGCAGGAAGGACAGGAAGGUGUUACAGAGAGGGAGAGGAUAGGGAUUCCCACGGAACCCGAGUCUGCGGACAGCAAUGCCUAUCCCCCAGCAGUUGUCAUCUACAUGGUGGAUCCUUUCACCUACACUGCAGAUGAAGAAUCUGCCUCCACCAACUUUUGGCUGUUAAGUCUGAUGAGAUGCUACACAGAGAUGUUGGAUAACUUGCCUGAGAAUAUGAGGAAUUCUUUCAUUCUUCAGAUCGUGCCUUGCCAGUACAUGCUGCAGACAAUGAAGGACGAGCAGGUUUUCUACAUUCAGCACUUGAAGUCUUUGGCAUUUUCCGUGUACUGCCAGUGCAGGAGGCCGUUGCCCACGCAGAUUCACAUCAAGUCUCUCACAGGCUUUGGGCCAGCUGCCAGCAUCGAGAUGACCCUCAAAAAUCCUGAGAGGCCCAGCCCAAUCCAGCUGUACUCGCCUCCUUUCAUCCUGGCACCCAUCAAAGACAAACAGACAGAGCUGGGGGAAACAUUUGGAGAGGCCAGUCAGAAAUACAACGUGCUGUUCGUCGGAUAUUGUUUGUCUCACGAUCAGCGUUGGCUUCUGGCAUCCUGCACUGACCUUCAUGGUGAAUUGCUGGAAACCUGCAUAGUUAAUAUUGAUUUACCAAACAGGUCAAGGAGGAGCAAGUUGUCUGCACGUAAAAUAGGUCUGCAGAAGCUGUGGGAAUGGUGUGUUGGUAUUGUCCAGAUGACAUCACUGCCUUGGAGAGUUGUAAUCGGGCGGCUCGGCCGCUUAGGCCACGGGGAGUUGAAAGACUGGAGUAUCCUCCUUGGGGAAUGUUCCCUGCAGACAAUCAGCAAACAAUUGAAGGAGGUGUGCCGCAUGUGCGGCAUCUCAGCGGCGGACUCUCCUUCUAUCCUCAGUGCCUGCUUAGUUGCCAUGGAGCCCCAGGGGUCAUUUGUUGUGAUGCCAGAUGCUGUCACCAUGGGAUCCGUGUUUGGCCGGAGUACUGCGCUGAAUCUGCAGUCAUCCCAGCUGAACACCCCUCAGGAUGCCUCCUGUACACACAUCCUGGUUUUCCCAACCUCUGCUACUAUCCAGGUGGCACCAGCAAAUUACCCCAAUGAGGAUGGAUUCAGCCCUACUAACGAUGACAUGUUUGACCUCCCAUUCCCAGAUGACAUGGACAAUGACAUCAGAAUUUUAAUAACAGGGAAUCUCCACUCUUCACCAAACUCCUCCCCAGUUCCUUCCCCUGGAUCACCAUCUGGUAUUGGAGUGGGAUCUCACUUCCAGCAUAGUAGGAGCCAAGGGGAACGUCUCCUUUCCAGAGAAGCCCCUGAAGAACUGAAGCAGCAGCCUCUUGCUCUUGGAUACUUCGUAUCAACUGCCAAAGCUGAGAAUCUUCCGCAGUGGUUCUGGUCAUCCUGUCCUCAGGCACAAAACCAGUGUCCCCUCUUCCUGAAGGCCUCAUUACAUCACCAUAUCUCUGUAGCGCAGACAGAUGAGCUUCUACCUGCCAGAAAUUCUCAGCGAGUCCCUCACCCCCUUGACUCUAAAACUACAUCAGAUGUCUUGAGGUUCGUUUUGGAGCAGUACAAUGCACUGUCCUGGCUUACGUGUAACCCUGCCACUCAGGAUCGCAGCUCCUGCCUUCCUGUCCACUUUGUGGUGCUCACUCAGUUGUACAAUGCCAUCAUGAACAUACUGUAAUAGAUAGAAAAGCACUUGUUCUUCUGGCUUAUGCUCCCCUCCACCUGAGAAACGUGCCACAGUCUGCAAAGAUCACAAUUCUGCUUCUCUUCAGACCAGUCCUGUGCUGUGCUUCUGUUCCUCCAAAAGCACAUGUGAAUCCUGCAGUGUUCAAAACUAAACUACCCAUUAACAUCUCUGGCAGCUUCAGUCCAAAAUCUGGGAACAUCCAAGAACAGUGAACAGAGUAACCUCAAGCCAGUGUUAGUUUGGUGGCCCAGUAACUACUGGUCAGUGUGAUUAUUUUUUUUAAUAUUUUAUUUUUUUAAGGAAGACUACAGUAUCUUUUUUGCAUUAGGAACUCUGAUGAACAACCGAGAACAGUUUCAGCCCUGCAAGUAAAAAUACCUUGUAGUGACCAGUUUGGGUUGUCCAAAACUUUUAUUGUAUUGUUUGAUCAUCAUAAACUGGGACUUUGCAGGAGGAAAAAAAAAACAAAACCAACAAAUCACACAGUUGUAGUCUCGUAUAAAUAUUGGAGUUUUCUGUCUACCUGGAGUUCCUGUCAGAGUGGAUUGGGAUGAAUGCAUGCAUUUGUUACCUGUCCAUGUAGAUAUGAAUGGUCUGGAGAUACUUUAUUUAUUUUUAGGUUUGGGGAGGGGAGGGAUUUAAAUUAUAAAGGACCAGGAACAGUAGAUUAUCUUAAAAAUCCAGCUCAGUUCCACUCUAGGGUUAUUUAUCUACAUACCUCUCACUCUUCCAACCUAGAAAUCAAAAGCGAAGCUAGUAACAAUCACAGUCCAAGCUGGGAAGGGAAGUUCUCUGCUAAGGAUUGACUGGUAUUUUAAGGAAUUCUCACCUGCAUUUAGCCUGGUUACAGCAAGAAAUGGCCGGUGUUUAAUGAAGGAUAACACUACCUAACGGAAAAAGAGUGAGUGAGUGAGUGAGAGGUAGGGAGGAAAAAUACUUUAAAGCCCAAUGUAAGGGCAAAUGGAAAGUGGUAAAUUAAUCUAUUGUAGAGCUAUGAUUGAAAUAUAUUUCCAGUAAAUUUAGUGAUGCUAGAAAAAGUAUUUACUGAAACCCAAGUCGCCCUGUAAUUCUGGGCAGACUCGUCCAUGUACAUAUCCAAAAAUAUGGUUUUUGUUUACACUAAAUCAGUUGCAAAUCUGGUGUAUUUUUUCUGACUAUAGGAAUAUUAUUUCAAAGAAAUAAUUUUUAAAAAUUAUAUCAUUAAAUUAGUACUUGAAGUUAUACCACUGUGGUGGAAAAGUUACUUUGUUUAGUAAAAUGAUUGCCAUUUUAAAGGUUAAUGGCUAAUUGAAGUAUUUUUAUGACUCCUUCAUUCCAGGCUUCAAGGGGUUUAUAUUUAAACUCCAUUUUCUAAUGUUUGUUGUUGCACUGUGCAGCAGGCAUGGACUGCCUUAUGUGAGGGGUCGGGCACUUUGAUCAGGCUGUGUGACCUAGUUAUCUAUCUGUGGAGAAAAAAAACUACCAAUUUUAAAGUUCUUCCAAAAGACUUUCAUGUUCUGGUUAAAAAAAAUAAAUAAAAAAAUGAAAUUCUAUGAUUUUAAAAAGUAUUUUUCUUGAGAUAAUGUAACAUUUAAAACAAAUUAUAUAAAAUAAUAAAAAAAAAAAAAGAAUUGCUUGUGUAAUGAGAAGGUGAAGUCAGAGAAGUAACCUGUAAAUGGAUUAUUUCAUUCUCUGCACCAAACCUCCCAUGUGGGUAUCCUCUUUGCAAUGUAUAGGUUAAAAAAAAAAAAAAAAAUCUGAUAUCAAACCAUUUGUAUCUAAUGUGUACAGUGUAAAAUUGACUUUAAAAAUAUUGCAGUACUAUUUUUUCUUAAUCCGAAAAGAAAAUUCUCAAGGCCUUUUGAAGAGCAUAAAAAGAUGAAGAUUGUAAACUUGUAUAAAAAAAAAUUUAACUUGGGGAGGAAAAAAAUGUAAACUAGACAUUUGUAAUCUUUUACCAUUUGGGGGUUAUUUGUUCCCAGGAUUCAUCUGAACUUUGGAUUAUUAUUUUGUUUGUUCUUUUUAAAUGGGCCGUUUUUAUCCAGGGGUGUUUCUUCCCCAGAAACCUGGUUCUAAGCAAAAAUUAAAAAUAAAAAAAGGGCAGCAAGGAGUAGUUUUCAUCUGGUGUCUUUUAUUUAAUUUUUUUAAGUUAAGAGAAGCUGGUGACAUAUUUAUACGUUUUUGUGCAAAAUAAAUGAAUGGCAAUAGAUUUUAAAGAAAAAUCUUAUGUACUUCAGUGUGAAAAGUUCUGUAUAAUAUUUCCCUUAAAUAUGCAUUAUUUUACUUGUGAGUUUUUUACUGAAUUAAUCUGAAAUGUACAAGCCCUGGCUUUCCUACAGAGUGAAGAAAGUUAUUUUAUUUUUUUUUUUAUUUCUAACUUUGGAAAUUCAUGCCUAAAUCAGAAUUAUUAUUACAGUUGUUUGAGCUAAAGGGAGAGGGAGGGGGCGGGGAAUGUCCAGCAUGCUUGUAUGUAUAUUUCAGAACCUUUUUUAAAUGUAAAAGCUGUACAUUUCUGGGGAGUUCUGAAUUUCUUUUUGGUUUUUUUUUUGUUUUGGUUUGGUUUUUUUUUUCCUUUCUCUGAGCAUUUUGCAGUGAGCUUCUUUUAUAUAUAGCCGACAAUUUGAAAGAAAACAAAAAAAAAUGUGAAGUUCAUUUUAAAUCUACAGUAUAUCGCUGGUACAAUACACUAAAAAAAGACUUUGAUAAAAAGAAACAAUAAUAAUAAAGACCUCCAUUUUAAAUGUCAUUCAUAUAUACCUUGUGGAUGAGAGCUAUAUACUUUUACACACUUUUUUAGAUGAAUAAAUUAUUGA